AUGGCCGCUGAGGAUCAAGGUGCCUCGCCGUCUUCCCACCGAGGGGAAGUCGACGCACUCCGAGAUAGGGUAACUGCAAUGAGAGAAACUAUCGAAUCCCUAGGAAAUGACCUCGCAGGAGAAAAACUAAAGUAUGCGACUUUGCACGACAAGGUAGUUGCAUGGAAAGAAAAAAUUAAGCAAAAAACCCUCGAAGACCGCCUGCGCAUUAGCCAACUAGAAGAGGAACUAAGCGCAGUGAGGAAAAAACAUCAACUGGCAACAAGUGCAGCCCAGCUCGACGUGCAGAAAAGUGGAGGAGGAAACCAUCACAACCUAGAAUCUGUCGAACCACAGGAAGCUGUGCACGAACAACUGAUGCAAAUAGAGAAGGAUGAGGAAGCAUCUGAGCUUCUCAAGGAAGGACGCGCCCCAUCCCAGGAAUGCCUUAGGGAGGGGGAAGAGGAGGAGGCGUUGAUCGAGCGGAAAAUAGAGCCGAAGCAUCAAGGGGCACAAGUGCCAGAGGGCCAUCCCUUCCAACAGGCCGCCCUCGUUGGCAGCAUGGUGAAGGAGCUGAGGAAGGCUAAUGAGACGUUGCGGGCCGACCUUGGGGAGGCGUCACGGUUCGUGGAGGCAGCCCGUAGCGAGGCUGAACAGCUCAAAAAGGGUUUAUGUAGCACAAAGGAGGAGGAUGAGCCCCGUAUUGCAGAUCUUCGUGAGGAGCUUGACGCUCUACGGUGCCAGUUGGAGAACACAACAUCGAAGUUGGAGGCCGAGGUUGACGCCAAUCGCAAACUAUUUCGCAGGUGCAAUGAUGCUGAGGAACGGUGUGGGCAUCUGCUGCAUGAAAAAGAAAUUGAUAAACGUAUGUACGAAGAGAAGUUGGUUGAGUGGAGGGAAAUAUUUCAGGUGGCAAAAGCGAAGGACGAAUCCACUAUCGAUGAAUUGAGGACGUCGUUGUGCACGUCGCGUUGUUACCUGAAACAACUUUGUCACACGGUAUUGGCGUUCCUUGGUUGUGAGUGUGAUAACCCUUUAGAGGUUAUUGGCGACGAGUUUGCUGAGCGUUUGGUGAACGUUUCUUUGUUUUCCCAGAGGUUGGACUCUUUUCGUAAGUUGCUAGUAGAGCGAGCAAAGUCGUGUUGUGUCGUUUGCGACGCUGACUCCAUUUUGCAGGUGUUUGAACUGAUCUGUUCGAGCAUCGAAGGCGUGCGAAGUGAACGCGAUGUGGCUGCGGCAGAGUUAGAUAAGAGCAGGCAAAUGAUCAGUGAUGCUAGAUCCCAGCUUGUCCUUUUGGAAGCAAAAUGCAGCUCUUUAGUUUCGCCCGAUGUCGUCGCAGGGCUGGAGGCUAGGAAUAUCCAACUUGAAGAGAAAUGCGAACUUUUGCGAAGGGAAAUUAAACGUCAGAGGGAGGCUUUCCAGCGAGAGAGAGAUCAGCAGGAAUCGAUGGUGGCUACUGCAUCUUUGCAAGGAGUUGCAGCGGCUCGUGUCCCAUCCGAUGGCGUCUUCGAGAGGGGCAUGUUAUCUCUUGCUGCACAGCAGAGCCAACGGGACAACGAGAUUCGUCAACUUCAGGCAAAUGUUCAGGCGUUAGAGAGAGAAAACGCUGUGUUGAGACGCGAGUGUGAUCACAAUAAUAGUGUUGUAGCUCAAUUCACGAAGGAAAUGGAGGUGCUCAAAACCAAGGAACGCGUGCAACUGAGCGUAGAAUAUGUUCGCAACGUGGUGCUGCAGUACCUUUGCUGUUCCUGUGAGGAAAUGAGAAUGAAAAUGGUUCCAGCUAUUGCAACGGUGCUGGAAUUUACGGCGAAGGAGAAAAGGGACGUGCAGAACGCCAAUCCACAGUGUCCCCCAUUGAAGUAA